ACCCCGGAACUCAGAACACUGUGGCUGAGGCUGCUGUGGCCUCAGUGUGUCCAGGAAGGGACUCCAUUUCUGCCUCUGGAUUUCUUGAGAACACCCAGCUGCCUGCGGGUCCUGCUCAGGUCACAAAGGGAACCAGGAGCCUGUUCUUCAGGCCACGACUUCCUUCCUCAAGUGCCCCAGAGUUUACUGGCCCAGCCCUGGUAGGGCCCCAGUGGGCCUGAGAGUAACCAGGCUUCCUGCAGGUAUAAGAAGUGCUCAUCAUCAUGUCUUCACAACGACCCUGGGAGGCAGGGACUAUUCACCCAUUCUACAGAUGGGGACGCUACACUCUGACGGUGGGCUUUGCAAGUCUGAGGAUCUGUGAACAUCGCCAAAGUCCAGGAUCUGAGGACAGCCAUGGAGUGGCUCUGGAUGUCUCUGCUGCUGGUGGCCUCUUGUACCUCCACUGUCCAGGGCUCACGAGAGGUGGACGUCAAGGAGGCCAGCAUCAACACGUCCCAGCCCUUGCACAUCCUGGUGGAACGCAACCUGCUGGUGCUCACACCUGCCGGCCUGACCCACAUGCUGAACCAGACCCGCUUCCUCAUGGUGCUUUUCUACAACCCAUCCUCGAAGCAAUCCAGGAACAUGGCUGAGGAGCUGGGCAAAGCUGUGGAGAUCAUGGGCAAAGGCAAGAACGGGGUCGGCUUUGGCAAAGUGGACAUCACCAUCGAGAAAGAACUUCAGAAGGAGUUUGACAUUAAGACAACCCCAGAUUUGAAGCUGUUUUUUGAGGGGAAUAGAUCAGAGCCCAUCAGCUGCAAAGGAGUGGUUGAAUCUACUGCCUUGGUUGUUUGGUUGAGAAGACAAAUUAGCCAGAAAGCAUUUUUGUUCACUGAUACCCAGCAGGUGGUAGAAUUUGUGAAAUCCAGGCCCUUGGUCAUCAUUGGCUUCUUCCAGGAUUUAGAGGAAGAAGUAGCGGAGUUGUUCUACGAUGUGAUCAAAGACUUCCCAGAGCUGACAUUUGGAGUGACAUCAAUUAGCAAUGCCAUUGGGCGUUUCCACGUCCCCCUGGACAGUGUUCUGGUGUUCAAAAAGGGAAAAAUUGUGAAACGCCAGGAGCUUAUUUAUGACAGUACCAACAAACAAGUCCUCAGUCAAGUCAUAAAAGAGCACCUCACAGAUUUUGUUAUUGAAUACAACAUUGAGAAUAAGGAUCUGAUUUACGAAUUGAACAUCCUGAACCACAUGCUGCUCUUCAUCUCCAAAAGCUCCAAGUCAUUUGGUACGAUAAUGCAGCAUUAUAAGUUGGCAUUGAAGGAAUUCCAAAACAAGAUCCUUUUCAUCCUUGUGGAUGCAGAUGAACCCAGAAACAGACAUGUCUUCAAAUACUUCCGGAUCACAGAGGUCAAUAUCCCAUCUGUCCAGAUCCUAAACUUAAGCUCUGAUGCGAGAUACAAAAUGCCUUCUGAAGAGAUAACCUAUGAAAACCUCAAGAAAUUCGGCCGCAGCUUCCUGAAUAAUAGUGCCAAGAAACAUCAAUCCAGUGAAGAGAUUCCAAAAUUUUGGGACCAAGGGCCAGUUAAGCAGCUUGUUGGGAAGAAUUUCAAUGUCAUCGUCUUUGACAAGGAGAGGGAUGUAUUUGUGAUGUUCUAUGCACCCUGGUCUGAAAAGUGCAGGGCGCUGUUCCCAGUGUUGGAGGAGUUGGGCAGAAAAUAUCAAAACCACUCCACAGUCACCAUCGCCAAGAUCGACAUCACGGCAAAUGAUAUUCAGCUGAUGAACCUGGACCGGUACCCCUUCUUCAGGCUCUUCCCCACCGACUCUCAAAAAGUUGUACCAUAUAAGGGAGAAUACACCAUGAAGGGCUUUUCAGACUUUCUGGAAAGUCAAAUCAAGACCAGGAUUGAGGAUGAAGAUGAGCUAUUGUCUACUGAGCAAAGUGAAGUGAUAGAAGAGGAGGUAUUAGCUGAGGAAGAAGAGGUACCUUUUAUGGAGAAAGAGUUACCUGAGCAGAAGCUGCCUGAGCUGGAGAAUGGGACCAAGCCGGAAUACCCAGCUGGGCAGAAAGAAAUAGCUGAGAAGGAGAAGAAAGUGGCUAAGCCAAAAGGACCUCCAAGACAAGAGAAGAAACCAAGAGUCAAGGAAGAACUGUAGCUUCUCCAAAGCUAGGAGGGAAGGUGCCCAUCUUCUAGGUCCUGGCAUCAUUUUCUGAGGUGAUCUCUUCCAAUAAAAUUAUUUAUCAUUGUGGUGGGUGGGUAGGGGCUGGAUAAUAAAAGCCCCUGAGUGUCUUC